AUGGACAAUCAAGGAAAUCCUCUUCUAAAUUGGGGUUACUACUGUCAAACAAAGAGCAUGGAAGAGCUGAAGCAAUCUCUUUUGCUCACUGCCAUGGAGCUACAAAGCGCAAAGCUGAAAGCACAUGAGGAGCUCAAAAUGAGAGAAGUUCAACUGAACCAACUCAAAGAUCUGUUUAACAGAGCCAUCAAAGAAAGAGAUGAAGCACAAGAGAAAUGCCAGAGGCUCCUCUUUGAAAAACUCUUCCUCCAACAACAGCAGCAGCUACAACAGUACCAACAAACAGCUCCACUCUCAGGAAUUUCAAGCAUUGAAGAUGAACCCAGAAGAGGGUUAGACUCCAACAAUGGAUUUUCAUCCUCAGAUUGUGAAGAAAGCAUUGUCUCCUCACCAGUUACUGACCCAGUUCAACCACCCCAAUUACCACGACCACCAUCAGAGCAAGAACCUGAAAUACUACUAGUUUCAGAGAAGCCAUUGCCAGAAAAGGGGAAGCUUUUGCAAGCUGUGAUGAAAGCAGGGCCACUCCUUCAGAAUCUCCUCCUGGCUGGACCUCUACCUCAAUGGCGCCACCCACCACCACCACUUGACACCCAUCAGAUCCCACCACCACCAGUGGUCAUUCCAUCAGCACCAACUCCAACACCAACUACUCAUCUCCUCUACCAAGACCCUUUACUCAACAUUAGUAAUUGCAGCAACGUUAAUGAUUGUGGUAGAGUUAACAGGAAAAGAGGUCCCUUUGAAGGCUUUGAUUCUUCCACACAGGUGAAGUACCAAAGGGUUGUUAUCCAGUGACAACUACUAUUGAUGGUAAUCCAGGUAGCUAUAUAAUUACCAUUGUAUACUAAGGUUAAUGAGAAUGAUGUUGCAAGUUGGGUAUCAAACUGAUCUAGCAUUUGUACAGAGGCAUGAUUUAGAAAGUAAAGAUCCCAAAUUAGCUAGUUAGGGAGAGGAAAGAAGAUACGGCUUGUUCUGGGGUUUUUUGCCAACAUUUUGGUUGGAGA